GGUAUUUGCGGCGUGAUUCUUGAAGACUGGGACUCAGUCAUUUGGAAACGAUUGGCUGGGGUCUCAUGCCUUGCUAGGGUUUUAAACCCUCGCCUCGUUUUCGGAGGGUUCUCCGCACGGCGGAGCGAUGCCGUCUAUGGCAAUCUUUUCUCGGCACAGGCCGAGUGUGAGGGAGGGUUUCGUUUGGCUCGGUGCGUUUGUGCACUGGGCAAUUCGGUUUUGUGUGUGGGCAUUCUCAAAGAGGGUUGAUGUCAAUUUUGGGAUAUUGGUCUUCGGUAGAACGGUUGAACGAUCUGAGGCAGAGGCGACUGGGAUCUAAGGCAAGUUUGAGGAUUUUGAAGGAGGAAAUUGUGAGUUUGUGUUCUCUUUGUGCGAUGAACGAUGAAGGUGGUGGCAAAUGCGCGUCGAUGUUAGUGGCAAAUGUGCGUCGAUUUUCCCUCCUAAUCACCUGUCCGCCACUUUCAUUCCUUCCACUCUCUCUUCUAGAAUGUCCUAAGCAAGAGACAGGGGGUGUACAUGUAUUUGAUUCGGUCACAACCGAAGGCAGCACUAAGAAGGUGAAGGGGACAGUGCGCGUCUAUUUGAAGUGCCAUCUGUGACCCAGUUCAUGUUGUUCUUGGUUGGCGGUGAGGGUCAUCAAGGGAGGCGGAGGACAAAUGAGAAUGAGAUCGACAUCCACUCUGACCCCUUCAGCGCUCCUUGUGACAUUGUUGGUGAUAUUAGCUAUGAAGAAUUGCAGGCAGCGGCAUAUGAGGAUGCUAAGCAUGGGAUGACCUUCCAAUCAAUUGUUUUCCCUGUUAAAACAGAGCUAUUGAGGCCCCAAGAGAAAAUGGAAAGUCCCAUAACUGAUUUGGUUAAAAAGCCACUGGGUAAUUCAAGAAGGAAUAUUGAUGUCAAGCAUCUCUUGAAGGAUUGCAAGUUGCUUGUUAUGGAUCACACCUUCAACUUCAAGUGCUUGAAGUGCUUCAAAUUAGAUUGUGGAGGGGUUCAUCUAGCGCCACUCACUACAUCAUACUUGUUGUUGACCAGAUUUUGUGAGGGCAAUUUUGGAAUCAAGGAUCAAAGGCUAGUCCACAUGCUUGGAGAAAUUCAAGAGAUAGCAAAUAAAUAAAGAUGAAGAAUUUAGGGGCUGUUGGGCGCAAAUUUCAGAAUUAUUUGAGGGAUGAUGUAGCACCAUUACUCAGAUUUAAUUGGUGAGAAUUAAUUAAAUAAAAAAUCAAAGGAGCGUGAAAAGCAUUGAGGGACACAUCAUCAAGUGAAAAAGGGGCAUGGGAGGUGUGACAUGAUCAGAUCUAAUUGGAUGACAUGUGGCAGCUGAUUGGGAGCCUAAGGAGGAGUCACAUUUCCCACACAUGUUCACAUGUCCCUUGCCACAUUUUCCACCUCAUUUUUAUUCCCAUUUUAGCUUAUUUUCGUCCAUUUUUCCAGCUCAUUUCAGAUCUGGACCUUCCUUGUUUUUAUCACCAUCCACUUUGAUUUUAUCACCACUCACAUUUUCCACACAUACAUAAGCUGAAUUUUCAGAUGAGAGCCUUAUAAUUCAGAUCCCACUCUCUCACUUCAGCCAUAUUUCUCUCUCUUCUUCUUCAUUCAUUUUCGUCCAGCACUGUUCAUCCGUUUUUUAGAUUUCAUUUCUUCAUCUUCAAUUAUCAACACUUGUUCCAGAUCAUCAUUCCUUCUCUAUUCAGAUUUUUGUCCACUUUCUUCUCCAUUCCAGCUUGCAUUUUCGUCCAUCUCUUGUCCAGAUUUCCAGAUUGCAACUUCUUCAUCUUCAUUCAUCCAUGAAAGCUUCUCAAGCUCAAGGUCUGAUUCAAGCAAAGAGGAAGAGCAUGAGAGGCUGAUCAUUUAGAGCUCCAAGAAAGAUGACUUGACAUUAUGAGAUUUCCAGAUUUGUAAUUGUUGUUCAUUUUCUUGAUUUCAUGUUCUUGUCUUGA